UUAGUGUCUCCCGCUGGGUUGGAGAGCGUUUCCCUGGGAGAGGAGGCCGGGAAGAGCGAGCUGAUGAACGAGGACAUCCGGAUCCAUUCCUGGCCUUGCUCCUACUACCUGGACACCAGCAAACAAUGGAUCCCCGGGAAGCUCUCCCUGACUCCCCUUUCCAUCAAAUUCACGGCUGACAAAACGGGAGAGCUCCUGGUGGAUUUCCAUCUUUCCGGGAUCAGCGAGAUCAAGAAGGAAUCUUCCCAUUUAAUCUUCAGCUCCCUCACCAUCCUGGAGAAGGGCACCAAGCACUGGUUCAGCUCCCUGCAUCCCAACAGGAAUGUGGUGUUCAACAUCCUGGAGCAUUUCUGGAGGGAGCAGCUGGUGUCCAGCCAGGAGGCCGGAGCGGGGGCGGCCUUGGAAUCCAGCAAGGGCAAGGAAUUAACGGGAAUGCUGGAGGGAUCCCAGAAACGCCUGGAGGACACGGCCAAGGUGCUGCAUUCCCAGGGGGAACAGUUCGACAACAUCAUGAAGGGACUCCACAAGAUCGAGGGGGACAUGGAUGUGGCUGACAG